GUUAGAGUGGGAAGGGGGAGAGAGAGAGAGAGAGUCUCACACUCCAUACGGCUUCUCAGUAGAGGAGAGAAGAGGCUGUGGAUAGAGCGCACGAGCGGCAGGACGAGAGUGAGCGUGAUUGGAAACAGACAGACGGACAGAGAGAGAGAGAACGAGAGAGAGAGCGAGAGAAAGGGAUAAAGAGAGAGAGAACGAGAGAGCAGCGGUUGAGUGGGGAGGACCCCGCUCUCUCUCUCCUUGUGCGUAAAAAGUGAGGAGACAAAUUAGCUCGGCAUCUCCACGAGACGCCCUCACACCCUCAGCGUGCGAGCGAGCGAGAGGAGAGGAGAGGGAGAGAGAUAGCAGAGAGAGAGAGAUAGAGGAAGAGAUAGCAGACAGAGAGAGAAAGAAAAAUAGAGAGAAAGAGAGGGAGACGAGGAGCUGUGUGUGUGUGUGUGUUUUUUCCACGCUGAUGUAAAGGUGACAUGAGGAGCUUUCCCGCGCCGGCUGCUCGAGUGGGACGACUCCGGUGGUGAUCCGCUGCAGACCGACCCCCUCCAGGCUCCUCCGUCCAGCCCCUCUGUACGGGAACUUUUUCAGGGGGCUGCUUCGGUUGUUUGAUUGUUUGUUUGUGGUUCGGGGGUCUCAGAGAGGAUGGGAUUUAUCUGUGAGCUUCACUGAGGAUUUUGGAUGAGCGCUGACACCGACUGACACAAGACUCGAUUACCACAGCCUCCAGUCUCCUGCCAUGUCGUGGUUUCUGUGCUUGUGGAUAGCUGUUAGCUGCCUCGUGCUCUGCCAGGCCACUCUUUACGAGACCAUCCAGCAGCACCACAUCCACCGGCCCGGUCGAAACACCAUCCAGACCCUCGAGGGUGGAACGUGUGAGGUGAUCGCAGCUCAUCGGUGCUGCAAUAAGAACCGUAUUGAAGAGCGUUCUCAGACGGUCAAGUGUUCGUGUCUCCCGGGGAAAGUGGCCGGAACGACGCGCAACAAGCCCUCCUGUGUGGACGCCUCCAUUGUGAUUGGGAAGUGGUGGUGUGAGAUGGAGCCGUGUUUGGAAGGAGAAGAGUGUAAGACGCUGCCGGAUAAUUCAGGCUGGAUGUGCUCCUCCGGGAAUAAGAUCAAAACCACCAGGAACACACAGCCGUACUCUGCAUUUUAGCUGGCGAGGACAGCUGCAGGGGCACCGGUGCCCGUCCCUCUGCUCCAGAUACAUCCUCGGAAAUAACCCACAGCUCGCAUCGGACUUUCGGACGAGCGUUUCCUCCUCCGUCACAGCAGACAGACUAAACCAUUCCAUUAAAAGUGUGUUUCCAGUGGAUUACUUGCAAUGGAUGAUACCUGCCCUUGGGGACAGAUUACGGAACAUAAAACAAGCAGUAGCUGAUGAUGUGCCAAGGAUGUUUAUUAGGCCAAUUUUUUUCCGUUCAUUUUUCCUUCCGUUAGUUUUUUUUUUCUUCUUCUUCACUGGAAGCAGAAGAUCUGGAGCUAAUCUGUGUUUUCUGAGUCAAACCACAGUUGACUCUACCAACUUCCAAAAUCCAUUGUUCCGCCCUUUCUUUGUUUCCCCCUCUCACCCAAUCCAAAAAACUCCGCCCCUCACACCUUAACUUCGCACAAGCACAAAAAAAAAACACACACACAUUCACACAAAGCACACACACACACACAUACACUCACACACCCUCCAGGCAGACUCUGAGACAGCUUAGAUUAGCUUAGCGGGCGUUCUUAGAGGGUGUAAAACAAUAUCAAUGAAAGACGCUAGCACUAAUGCUAACGCUAACGCUAAAACACUCUCCAUCCCCUUCAGAGACGCAAAGUGGAUGAUCCCGGGCUAAGCCUCGGAUAAGUGAGGAGAGGAUCACAGUGGAUCAGCGACUCGGCGGAGAGAAAAUGAGGUGGAAAUCGAUCGGAGAUUUCACGGACAGUCCUUGCUCUCCGUUUUAUAUGGCUUGCAGGCGUCUAUUAAGGAGAAGUCACACUGGCUAACUGGCUAAGUGGCUAACUGGCUAACUUCUGGAUUUUUUUAGCUGGACUUGUUUUGCUAGCUUCCUCGCUAGCUUCCUUACUUCCUUGGAGAUUAGGAUCAGGCCUGGAACCUCCUCAAAAGUGAGCAACUGUCCACGCCCACGUCCACGCCCACAUCCACGUCUACGUACAGAGCUUGCACUUGUACGCACACACACACACACACACAAACACACAGAGAACCCGGACCUGCUCUGUUCUUUUUUUUUUUUUUUUUUUUUUUAAUCCGUCAGCAUGCUCAAUGUACUUUGUGGGAGCUUUACUAAAAAGCCUAUUCGUACCGAGA